CUGGUCAGUAUCUAGUCUGCUGUGAACCUUACAGGUUGAUACCGCGUGUAUUUAAAAAUAAAUCAUAAUAACAUAGUAAUAAAAGUGAUAGUGCAAGUUUAAUUUAUUUAUAAAAGAAAUUUCUUCAGAUUUGUUGCAGCAGUUUUCGAGAUUUGUGCUCAGACACAGACUUUAGAAAUUAGUUUCUGUUUAUUUAAUAGAUUUUAAUUUAUACAAAAUGCGUACAGAACUUCCUACGUGUAGAAGAUGUUGUUUCUGUCUGCCUCUACGCUAUGGCUUGUUAUCAUGGGGAUAUUUCCGAUUCGUGAUAUCAGGAAUGUUUCUAGUGGGCCUCACAAUUGGAUUUGUAGGGUUAGUGACAGCAGAAGAUAGUUACAGAGAACUGGGAUCAAUAAUAGUUGUAGGGAUUCUACUACUGAGCACGCUGACUGACUUUGUACUUAACUUUUUAUUUAUAUUAGGAGGACAUAAGAAAGACGUAAGACUGUUGAAGUCGUACUACGUGUACAGCAUAGUGCUGUGUGUGCUGACGAUACUGCUGGGCACCACCUCCAGCGUGCACACCGUGAUGAUAUUCAAGAUGACCUCAUUUGACCUCUCAUUCUUCUUUUGGGUCAUAUUGGCUGAUAUGGCCAGUUUUAUCGCUCAAGUUUUGAUACAGAUAUACUUCCUGCUGCUAGUCCGAAGCGAGAUUAUUAAGCUCAGAAGUAAUUGCGAAUUCAGAUUCGUAAACCUCGCGUCUGAAGGCGAAUGCACACUGAAAUGCACUGAAAUCGGUCUCAAUAAUGAAGAAGGAAGAAUCCAAUAGAAAUACAGUUACGACUCAAGUAACGCGAACCACCACUUUGUGAUAUUAAUAUAGUUGGGUGUUUAUACCAAAAUAAUUCUUGUGUUGUCCGAAAUAAAGUUAAGUUUUAAGUAAAAGGUA